UCAUGAAGAGCGAAGUACUGAGAGUGACCCAUGAGCUUCAGGCCAUGAAAGACAAGAUCAAAGAGAACAGUGAGAAGAUCAAAGUGAACAAAACCCUGCCGUACCUUGUCUCUAACGUGAUUGAGCUGCUGGAUGUUGACCCCAAUGACCAGGAGGAGGAUGGAGCAAACAUUGACCUGGAUUCCCAGAGGAAGGGCAAGUGUGCUGUGAUCAAGACCUCUACGCGGCAGACGUAUUUCCUGCCUGUCAUUGGGUUGGUUGAUGCUGAGAAGUUGAAACCUGGAGACUUAGUGGGGGUGAACAAAGACUCUUACCUGAUCCUGGAGACUCUGCCUACGGAAUAUGAUUCACGGGUGAAAGCCAUGGAGGUGGAUGAGAGACCCACAGAGCAGUACAGCGACAUCGGGGGGCUGGAUAAACAAAUCCAAGAGCUCGUGGAGGCCAUUGUCCUGCCAAUGAAUCAUAAGGAGAAAUUUGAGAACUUGGGUAUACAGCCGCCCAAAGGAGUCCUUAUGUACGGGCCCCCAGGAACAGGGAAGACGCUUUUAGCUCGAGCCUGUGCUGCCCAGACCAAGUCUACGUUCCUGAAACUGGCGGGUCCACAGCUUGUGCAGAUGUUCAUCGGCGACGGAGCGAAGCUGGUACGCGAUGCUUUCGCUCUAGCCAAGGAAAAAGCUCCCUCCAUCAUCUUCAUUGACGAGCUGGAUGCCAUUGGCACUAAAAGGUUUGAUAGUGAAAAGGCUGGUGAUCGGGAGGUACAGAGGACCAUGCUGGAGCUGCUUAAUCAACUUGAUGGUUUCCAGCCCAACACACAAGUCAAGGUGAUUGCUGCAACCAACCGGGUUGAUAUCUUGGACCCAGCUCUGCUCCGCUCUGGACGGUUAGAUCGCAAGAUUGAGUUCCCAAUGCCGAACGAGGAGGCCAGAGCCAGAAUUAUGCAGAUCCAUUCACGCAAAAUGAACGUCAGCCCGGAUGUGAACUACGAGGAGCUGGCUCGCUGCACGGAUGAUUUCAAUGGAGCGCAGUGCAAGGCGGUGUGUGUUGAAGCGGGGAUGAUUGCCCUUCGCCGUGGAGCUACAGAGCUCACCCACGAGGACUACAUGGAAGGCAUCCUGGAGGUUCAAGCAAAGAAGAAAGCCAAUCUGCAGUACUAUGCCUGAUCUUUGCCCGGUCAAGGCUCUGGCCUUGGUAGAGGACAGGACUAGACUGGACUGUGCCACCUAUUUUCUGUCUGGAAAAAAAAUAAAGUGUUUUUCUUUCCCUCUAAAAACAAACCUGUGAUGUCUUGGGGGCAUGGCCCUUGCUCAGUGGUUCUACAUCUGCCAAAGGGAAGGUGAGAACCUCCUGUCCACUGUCAUGCUGCCUUUGGAGCCUCCUCCUGCUAGAACCAGACUCGAUCCUCCUCUGCUCCUUCUGGAUGAGGACCAGCAGGUUCUACUGCAGUAAGUGAACUUGGCAGCCCAGACAGCAGCCCCUGUUUCCACCCCUGGGGCCUGUGAACAGCCUGUACAGCUUUGUCAGGGUCUUUUUUGAACACUCAGUUCGCAAGGGAGACGUGAACACGAUACACAUGUGAAUGAUGUUUUAACUUUGUCAUUUAUAAGUAACUCUGGAAGCUUUCACACCAUUGCUGUCUGGAGAAUCAGGCUGGUAAUUAGUCAGAAAGAAUUCAAGGUCUCACCCACCCAGCAAGUCUUUCAGUACUUUUAAUGCCAGUUUAGAAUUACAACUUCCAUUUAAAAAUUACACUUUUCAUAAAUACACUGACUUUAGCAUUAAAUAUCUUACAUGCCACUGUAUUGUAUUUUAAAUACAAUGUAAACAUCUCCAAA